GAGAGACAGGACAGCAGACAGACAGACAGACAGACUCCAGACUGAAGCUACUGAUCUGAAACCAGACCUCUACAUCUACCAUCAUCAGGAUGUUGUGCUCCAGCUUCUGCCAGCCAGCCCCGAUAACCAUGAGGCCUUUCAUGGACCUGCAUUGGCCCGUCCGCAGCCUGUGGCCCGAGACCCGGCCUCUCUUCUACCACAUUGAGCAAGAGAUGAUCCGCCACAUGCAGGAGAUGAGACAGAGCAUUGAAUACAUGGAGAGGCUACACCAGAAGAUUUUCGAGGAGAUUGACCAGACUUCAUCCUCGACGGGACUCUUCAUGCCCAUUGCCUUCCAGGAGCUGGGGAAGGACAGCAGCAGCUUUGCCCUCAGCCUGGACACUAAAGAGUUUUCCCCAGGGGAGCUGUCAGUCAAACAAGUGGGUAGAAAACUGAGGGUGAGCGGCAAAACAGAGAAGAAGAAGGAGGACGAGAAGGGCUCAUACUCCUACAAGUGUCAGGAGUUCAGGCAGGAGUUCGACCUGCCGGACGGCGUUGACACCGAGGCCGUCACCUGCUCGCUGGUGGGCGGCCGGCUGCAGAUCCAGGCUCCCCGGGAGAGACCGGCAAAUGAUGGGAAGGAAAGGGUCAUCCCCAUCAACCUCACCUCGGCACCGGCCAUCACCUCCUCCAGCGGAGGGCCAGAGGGGAGCAGCUCGUCAUCCUCAGAGAGCAAACCUGCUGAGAAAAACUGAACAAUCUGAUGUGUUUACACUUUGUUGUUUCAGUGUGGUUUUAUUAUAUCUGAUGGACGGCGGGAACAUGAAGCUCAUAUUCUUUACUUGCACUUUUAACAAUUAACUCUUUAUAAUAAACUUCUCAUGUGAUAUUUUGAA